ACCCCUGCAGAAGCAGGAACUAGAGUCCACCCUGGAUAACAACUGUUAGUGAAAACAUGGAGGCCCAAGAUGAGAAAUCCCAGACGUCUAGACCUUCGGACUCCAAAUCCUUGACUAUUACUUCCUCAACUCCCCAGCUAUUAAAGUCUGAGUUGCCUACUGAGGAAUUGAUGGGGAAGGGACAGAAGCUUGACAGUCUGUCACCAGACAUUUGGUCUGAUGAAGAUAAUGAUGAAAUAUUGGAGACCACAGACAGUGAUGGACUGAAGGAUAAAGCCCCCCCUGAUCGACCAUACUGGGCCAAUAAAAUUGAAUACCUUCUGGCCCAGGUGGGCUUCUCUGUGGGGCUGAGCACCAUCUGGCGCUUUCCUUACCUGUGUUUUCACAACGGAGGUGGCAGUUUUCUCAUCAUCUACAUCCUCAUGCUGUUCUUGAUUGGGGUUCCUCUUCUAUUCCUGGAGAUGGCAGCUGGUCAGAGAAUGCGUCAGGGCAGCAUUGGUGUAUGGAAGGUCAUCAGCCCCUGGAUUGGUGGUGUGGGGUAUACCAGCUUCAUGGUGUGCUGCAUUGUGGGCUUGUACUACAGUGUGCUCAUGGCCUGGAGUCUCUUCUAUUUAGUUCAGUCUUUCCAGUCUCCACUGCCUUGGUCAGUGUGCCCCUUACUGAGGAACUCCAGUACUUACGAUCCUGAAUGUGUGCGGACAACAUCCACUACGUACUUUUGGUACCGGAAUGUAUUGAAGGCCACAGACAAAAUCGAAAUGGGUGGGCUACCAGUUAAGCAUCUCAGUGUCUCUGUCUUUGUGACCUGGUUAAUUAUCUGCAUCUCCAUGAUCAGAGGACCCAAGUCCUCUGGAAAGAUGCUGUAUGUCUCAGUGAUCCUUCCCUACUUCAUCCUUUUCUGUCUCCUUAUCCGGAGUCUCACGCUGGAGGGUGCAAAAUUUGGUUUCGACAGUUUGUUGGCUGCCCAGGUGCCAGCUCUGUACUCUGUGGAAGUGUGGCGCCGGACAGGGAACCAGAUCUUUUUAUCCAUGGGCCACGGCUUUGGCAGCUUCAUCGCAAUCAGCUCAUACAUCCCUCGAUCCAACAACUGUGUCAUGGAUGCCUUUGCUGUGGCUCUUCUCAACUUGGUUGCCUCACUGACCGCCAUGGUGUUUGUAUUUGCCACAAUGGGCCACUUGGCCACAAAGAACAACAACAAAUGCUACGUAAAGAAUGCCAAGACAGUGAUGAAUCUGAUAGUUACCGGGGUGCUGCCUCCUGAGGUCCAGCCCCCAGACAGUCUGUAUUAUGAGCCAAGCUCCAUCUACCCCAAAUGGUUCAAGGACCUUCCUGAACAAAUGAAAAGCAUGAUCCUUCCCCAUUUGUCCAAUUGCAACUUAUCUGAACAAUUGAAGGAGGUUAUGGAGGGUCCUGGUGUGGCCUUUGUGGCAAUUACUGAUACCAUCUCUGUGUUUUCUGGAUCCACUCUCUGGGCCAUCGUCAUCUUCGUGUUGCUGGCAAACCUGGGGCUGAGCACCAUGAUAGGCAUCAUGCAGGGCAUUAUUACCCCUCUCCAGGACACCUUCGCUUCCCUCAGGAAACAGACAAAACUGCUUACAGUGGCCAUCUGUGUGCUUAUGUUCCUGGGCAGCCUCAUUUUUGUGAGACCUUCUGGCAGCUACUAUGUGAACCUGCUGGAUGAUUACUGGGCAUCUCUGCCCCUCCUCCUCAUUGUCAUCUUGGAGAAUGUGGCCAUGGCCUGGAUCUAUGGAGCCAGGAGGUUCCUUGCAGACCUGAUUAUCAUGUUGGGCCGCCCCAUCUCCCCCAUCUUUCGUUGGCUGUGGUGCUUUCUGUCUCCAUUUGUGCUGCUGGUCCUGUUUGUAAACACCCUGAUUCAUCUGUGUCUGAAGAACAUCACCUACCUGGCCUGGGACUCAAGCAUUUCAAAUGAGGUGAUCCGAACUUACCCAUCAUGGGCUAAAGUCUUGCUCAUCAUCUCCAUCGUCAUUACCAUCUUGCCUAUCCCUGCCUACUUCCUGUACACACUCAUUGAUGUGGCUUUUCCAGUCUCCGUGAUUCACAGUAAGGUCACAGUUAUCUUCAAACCUGAAGCUAAAGGGAACUCGCUGAAGCCCCAUCCACGGCUUCAGGUGAUGCAAAGUCAAAAGGUUGAUGAAAUGGGAUAAAUAACCAGGGAAAAACCUCUCUGCCAUGUGAGUAAUUCAUCUUGGAAAUAAAGACUUGGUU